AUGAAUGCAACUGAGCCAGAUCCAAACGUUGAUAUAUCAUCACCAUCAGUUGCUUCAUUUGGGCAACAACCUGUGUCACAUCAAGGGUUGGCGCAAAGGCGAGCAGAGUAUCACCAAAAAAACCACCUGGAAGAGAUGACAAGCCAACAUUCCUCAAGCAAUCACACACAAUCGCCUACUGACAGAAGAACUACGCCUCCAUUGACGGAUCCAAAGAUACCAUUACCACCACUGGAUCUGAGCAGUACUUCUGACAUGAUAGAUUCCCCACCAGCCCACCAUUCAGCUAAGCCUAGAUCGAAAACAUCGUCAGAGUACGACCCGUUUGCCGGCUUAUCUUUUAAAGUAGGUGUAGCUGAGAACAAGAAUUCUACUUAUAGAUCCAAAAUGGAAGAUGUUCAUACGUACAUUGCAAAUUUUGCUGAACGUGUUGAUUGGGGCUAUUUUGCCAUCUUCGAUGGCCAUGCCGGAAAAGAUAGCGCUCGCUGGUGUGGUAAUAACUUACACUCUUUACUUGAACAAGAAAUUGAUUUGGAAUUGCAAGAUCAAAACAACACCCUUCCAUCAAGCAAUAAAGCAAAUUUAUCGUCAUCUGAGCAGCCCACCGCUCCACCGAACCAUUCAGAGGGUAGUCCCAUCUUUACAAAUCCAGGUAGCUCUACCUCAAGUAUACCGUUGAAGGGCAGAGUGGAUAUGAAAGAUCAUUUGUACAAAAGUUUUGUCAAAGCUGAUGAAAUAAUUGAGAAGAAUGGCCAAGGAGCAUCAGGAUGCACCGCCGCGGUGGCAGUUCUCCGCUGGGAGAGUGAAACCGAGGAUGAUUGUAUGGUGAAUACAAACAAUAUUGGAAAACAAACUGACGACACUUCAAAGUCAUUUGAUUUUGUGCCCACCAAAAAUCACAAGAGGAUGUUAUACACCUCCAAUGUUGGGGACUCAAGAAUAGUAUUGAGCCGAAAAGGUAAAGCAUAUAGACUAUCAUACGACCAUAAGGCGUCAGACAAGAAUGAAAUAGAUAGGGUGGAAAAUUCUGGUGGAUUGAUAUUGAAGAAUCGUGUUAAUGGGGUGCUAGCUGUAACGAGGUCGUUGGGUGAUUCUUAUAUGAAAGAUUUGGUUUUAGGAAAGCCAUUCACCACAUCCACACAGAUAAUCAAGGAUGACGAAUUUAUGAUCAUUGCAUGUGAUGGGGUCUGGGAUGUAAUUAGUGAUACCAAAGCUUGUAAAAUAGUUGCUGAUUGCUUUAAAAAGGGGUUGGACGCACAAGAAGCAUCUAAAAAGUUGUGUCAAUUGGCAAUCGAUGCAUCCACUACCGAUAAUGUAACAGUAAUGGUUGUUCAAUUCGACCAGGCAAUCUUCGCUCAAUAA